UCAAGAGAACUGAUAGAAGAUGAACGGAAAUCGAUGCAGAGGAAGUUACAUCUGCAGGCGCAAAUGAAAGAAAAUGAGACUAGCAUUCGCGAAACUUUCGAAACAAGGGAGAGGUUUGAAAAAGAUGUUGUAGAAAAAGGUGUAGAUAGCAUUACGGGGAAAAUACCGGCCGAGAAGUUUGUCAGGUGCCACAGAAGCUACCUAAUAAACACCGAGUUCAUAGAGGAAUGCUUGAAAGCAGCCGAUACCAUAAUAGGACGAACCAGACUGAAGGCGACAACCACAAAUAUCCAGAAAAGGAAAGCCAUGCAGCAGCUGAAGCGUAGACAAGAACUCGGCGAGGCUCUACGCGCUGUAGACUUCGAACAAUUGGACAUAGAGAAUCAAGAUUGCAUACGAAAAAUCGAUGAGAAGACUCAAUAUAUGCUCGAAAUGAAGAAAAUCGCAGGUCAUCACAGUAUCGCUUUGACCAAACACAAGAGGAACUUAAGUAACUUGAUGUCCACUGUGAAUGAAGUGAAAGCUAAGAUCGUCUUCAAAAAAGACGAGAUCGUGAAAUUACAAUCUGAACGAGCUACCGUAAACGCGGAAAAAGAGAAAACGCAAAUGCAGCUGAAGUCACUAAUGGAGUUGAUGGACAAUUUUAGUGUUCCGGAAGUCCUGGAUUGCAUCAAAAUACAUAGAAAACUACAUGAAUUACAGAAUGUUCACAAACGAUUACUCAGGCAAAGGAAGAUUCAGCAAAUAACCUUCAAAUCCAGCAGAUAGUAACUGCACAGAA